ACUGGCUGCUCACAGAAAACUUGCUCCCAGUCAGUGUGACUGUCCUCAGGCUUUACCUGGCGAGGGUUUCGAAAAAACGAUGAAAUGAAAGCUAUGGAUGUUUUGCCAAUUUUAAAGGAAAAAGUUGCAUACCUUUCAGGUGGCAGAGAUAAGCGUGGGGGUCCCAUCCUAACCUUCCCGGCCCGCAGCAAUCAUGACAGGAUACGGCAGGAGGACCUCCGGAGGCUCAUUUCCUACCUGGCCUGUAUCCCCAGAAGUCUGCAAGCGAGGAUUCACGGUGAUCGUGGACAUGCGUGGGUCCAAGUGGGACUCCAUCAAGCCUCUGCUGAAGAUAUUACAAGAGUCCUUCCCCUGCUGCAUUCACGUUGCACUGAUAAUCAAGCCAGACAACUUUUGGCAGAAACAGAGGACUAAUUUUGGCAGUUCUAAAUUUGAAUUUGAGACAAAUAUGGUCUCUUUAGAAGGCCUUACCAAAGUAGUUGACCCUUCUCAGCUAACGCCCGAAUUUGACGGCUGCCUGGAAUACAACCAUGAAGAAUGGAUUGAAAUCCGAGUUGCUUUUGAAGACUACAUUAGCAAUGCCACCCACAUGCUGUCUCGGCUGGAGGAGCUUCAGGACAUCCUAGCUAAGAAGGAGUUGCCUCAGGAUUUGGAGGGGGCUCGGAAUAUGAUCGAGGAACAUUCCCAGCUGAAGAAGAAGGUGAUUAAGGCCCCCAUAGAGGACUUGGAUUUAGAGGGACAGAAGCUGCUGCAGAGGAUUCAGAGCAGUGACAGCUUUCCCAAAAAGAACUCGGGGUCAGGCAACGCAGACCUGCAGAGCCUCUUACCCAAGGUGUCCGCCAUGCUGGACAGGCUGCACUCAACGCGGCAGCACCUGCAUCAAAUGUGGCAUGUGAGGAAGCUAAAGCUGGACCAGUGCUUUCAGCUGAGGCUGUUUGAACAGGAUGCUGAGAAGAUGUUUGACUGGAUCACGCACAACAAGGGCCUGUUUCUGAACAGCUACACUGAGAUUGGGACCAGCCAUCCUCAUGCAAUGGAGCUUCAGACACAGCACAACCACUUUGCCAUGAACUGCAUGAACGUGUACGUGAACAUAAACCGCAUCAUGUCGGUGGCCAGCCGCCUGGUGGAGUCGGGCCACUACGCCUCCCAGCAGAUCAAGCAGAUUGCCAGCCAGCUGGAGCAGGAGUGGAAGGCAUUCGCGGCCGCCCUGGAUGAGCGCAGCACUCUGCUGGACAUGUCGUCCGUCUUCCACCAGAAGGCAGAGAAGUAUAUGAGCAACGUGGACUCGUGGUGCAAAGCCUGUGGUGAGGUGGACCUUCCCUCCGAGCUGCAGGACCUGGAGGAUGCCAUCCAUCAUCACCAGGGAAUAUAUGAGCACAUCACCCUUGCUUACUCUGAGGUGAGCCAGGACGGGAAGUCACUCCUUGACAAGCUCCAGCGGCCCCUGACUCCUGGCAGCUCCGAUUCCCUGACGGCCUCCGCCAACUACUCCAAGGCCGUGCACCAUGUUCUCGACGUCAUCCAUGAGGUGCUGCAUCACCAGCGGCAGCUCGAGAACAUCUGGCAGCACCGCAAGGUCCGGCUCCACCAGAGGCUGCAGCUGUGCGUUUUCCAGCAGGACGUUCAGCAGGUGCUGGACUGGAUUGAGAACCAUGGAGAAGCAUUUCUGAGCAAACAUACAGGUGUGGGGAAAUCUCUCCAUCGGGCCAGAGCUUUGCAGAAACGUCAUGAAGAUUUUGAAGAAGUAGCACAGAACACAUACACCAAUGCGGAUAAGUUACUAGAAGCAGCAGAGCAGCUGGCUCAGACUGGGGAAUGUGACCCGGAAGAGAUCUAUCAGGCCGCCCAUCAGCUCGAGGACCGGAUACAAGAUUUUGUUCGGCGAGUUGAGCAGCGGAAGAUCCUCCUGGACAUGUCGGUGUCCUUUCACACCCACGUGAAAGAGCUGUGGACAUGGCUGGAGGAGCUGCAGAAGGAGCUGCUGGACGACGUGUACGCCGAGUCUGUGGAGGCCGUGCAGGACCUCAUCAAGCGCUUCGGGCAGCAGCAGCAGACCACCCUGCAGGUGACCGUGAACGUGAUCAAGGAAGGGGAGGACCUCAUCCAGCAGCUGAGGGACUCCGCCAUCUCCAGCAACAAGACCCCACACAACAGCUCCAUCAGCCACAUUGAAACGGUGCUGCAGCAGCUGGACGAGGCCCAGGCCCAGAUGGAGGAGCUCUUCCAGGAGCGCAAGAUCAAGCUCGAGCUCUUCCUGCAGCUGCGCAUCUUUGAGAGGGACGCCAUCGACAUCAUCUCAGACCUUGAGUCUUGGAACGACGAGCUUUCUCAGCAAAUGAAUGACUUUGACACGGAGGACCUCACAAUAGCAGAGCAGCGCCUGCAGCACCACGCGGACAAGGCUCUGACCAUGAAUAACCUGACCUUCGACGUCAUCCACCAAGGGCAGGACCUCCUGCAAUAUGUCAACGAAGUGCAGGCCUCUGGCGUGGAGCUGCUUUGCGACAGAGACGUAGACAUGGCCACCCGGGUCCAGGACUUGCUGGAGUUUCUCCACGAGAAGCAGCAGGAGCUGGAUUUAGCAGCCGAGCAACACCGGAAGCACCUGGAGCAGUGUGUGCAGCUCCGCCACCUGCAGGCCGAAGUAAAGCAGGUGCUGGGCUGGAUCCGGAACGGAGAGUCAAUGCUGAAUGCCGGGCUCAUCACGGCCAGCUCGUUGCAGGAGGCGGAGCAGCUGCAGAGGGAGCACGAACAGUUCCAGCACGCCAUCGAGAAGACCCACCAGAGCGCACUGCAGGUGCAGCAGAAGGCAGAAGCCAUGCUGCAGGCCAACCACUACGACAUGGACAUGAUCCGGGACUGUGCCGAGAAGGUGGCCUCGCACUGGCAGCAGCUCAUGCUCAAGAUGGAGGACCGGCUGAAGCUGGUGAACGCGUCCGUGGCCUUCUACAAGACCUCGGAGCAGGUCUGCAGUGUCCUCGAGAGCCUGGAGCAGGAGUACAAGAGAGAGGAGGACUGGUGUGGGGGGGCCGACAAGCUGGGCCCCAACUCCGAGACGGACCACGUCACCCCGAUGAUCAGCAAGCACCUUGAGCAGAAGGAAGCGUUCCUGAAGGCUUGCACGCUUGCUAGGAGGAAUGCAGAUGUCUUCCUGAAAUACCUGCACAGGAACAGCGUGAACAUGCCUGGAAUGGUGACACAUAUCAAAGCCCCUGAACAACAAGUGAAAAAUAUCUUGAAUGAACUCUUCCAGCGGGAGAACAGGGUGUUGCAUUACUGGACCAUGAGGAAGCGGCGGCUGGACCAGUGCCAGCAAUACGUGGUCUUUGAGCGAAGCGCCAAGCAGGCUUUGGAGUGGAUCCAUGACAGCGGGGAGUUCUACCUUUCCACACACACCUCCACAGGUUCGAGUAUCCAGCACACCCAGGAGCUGCUGAAGGAGCACGAGGACUUCCAGAUCACGGCAAAGCAAACCAAAGAGAGAGUGAAGCUAUUGAUACAGCUGGCUGAUGGCUUUUGUGAAAAGGGGCAUGCCCAUGCGGCAGAGAUAAAAAAAUGUGUCACUGCAGUGGAUAAGAGGUACAGAGAUUUCUCUCUGCGGAUGGAGAAGUACAGGACCUCUUUGGAGAAAGCCCUGGGGAUUUCUUCAGAUUCCAACAAAUCGAGUAAAAGUCUUCAGCUAGAUAUCAUUCCGGCCAGUAUCCCCGGGUCAGAGGUGAAACUCCGCGAUGCCGCUCAUGAACUUAAUGAAGAAAAACGGAAAUCUGCCCGCAGGAAAGAGUUCAUAAUGGCUGAGCUAAUUCAAACUGAAAAGGCUUAUGUAAGAGACCUCCGGGAGUGUAUGGAUACCUACCUGUGGGAAAUGACCAGUGGUGUGGAGGAGAUCCCGCCCGGCAUUGUGAACAAAGAGCUCGUUAUCUUCGGGAACAUGCAGGAAAUCUAUGAGUUUCACAAUAACAUAUUCCUCAAAGAGCUGGAAAAAUAUGAACAGUUGCCAGAGGACGUUGGACAUUGCUUUGUGACCUGGGCAGACAAGUUUCAGAUGUAUGUCACAUAUUGCAAAAAUAAGCCUGAUUCUACUCAGCUGAUAUUAGAGCAUGCAGGAUCCUACUUUGAUGAGAUACAACAGCGGCACGGAUUAGCCAAUUCCAUCUCUUCCUACCUUAUUAAACCUGUUCAGCGAAUAACGAAGUAUCAGCUCCUUUUAAAAGAGCUGCUCACGUGCUGCGAGGAGGGGAAGGGGGAGAUUAAGGACGGCCUGGAGGUGAUGCUCAGUGUGCCAAAACGGGCCAACGACGCCAUGCACCUGAGCAUGCUGGAAGGGUUUGAUGAAAACAUUGAGUCUCAGGGAGAACUCAUCCUGCAGGAAUCCUUCCAAGUGUGGGACCCCAAAACCUUAAUUCGAAAGGGUCGAGAACGGCACCUCUUCCUUUUUGAAAUGUCCUUAGUGUUUAGUAAAGAAGUGAAAGAUUCCAGUGGCAGAAGCAAGUACCUUUAUAAAAGCAAAUUGUUUACCUCAGAGUUGGGUGUCACAGAACACGUUGAAGGAGAUCCUUGCAAAUUUGCACUGUGGGUGGGGAGGACGCCAACUUCAGAUAAUAAAAUUGUCCUUAAGGCCUCCAGUAUAGAAAACAAGCAGGACUGGAUCAAGCAUAUCCGGGAAGUGAUCCAGGAAAGGACCAUUCACCUGAAAGGCGCCCUGAAGGAGCCCAUUCACAUCCCCAAAACAGCUCCGGCAACGAGACAGAAGGGAAGGAGGGAUGGAGAGGAUCUGGAUAGCCAAGGAGAUGGCAGCAGCCAGCCUGAUACGAUUUCAAUCGCAUCCCGGACGUCUCAGAACACGCUGGACAGUGAUAAGCUAUCCGGCGGCUGUGAGCUGACAGUGGUGAUCCACGACUUCACGGCCUGCAACAGCACCGAGCUGACCAUCCGCCGUGGCCAGACCGUGGAAGUCUUGGAGCGGCCCCACGACAAGCCUGACUGGUGUCUGGUGCGGACCACCGACCGGUCCCCCGCGGUGGAAGGCCUGGUCCCCUGCGGCUCCCUGUGCAUUGCCCACUCCAGAAGUAGCAUGGAAAUGGAGGGCAUCUUCAACCACAAAGACUCGCUGUCCGUCUCCAGCAACGAUGCCAGCCCGCCUGCCUCCGUGGCCUCCCUCCAGCCCCACAUGAUGGGGGCGCAGAGCUCCCCGGGCCCCAAGCGCCCAGGCAACACGCUGCGCAAGUGGCUGACGAGCCCGGUGCGGCGGCUGAGCAGCGGCAAGGCUGACGGGCACGUGAAGAAGCUGGCCCACAAGCACAAGAAGAGCAGGGAGGUCCGCAAGAGUGCCGACGCCGGCUCGCAGAAGGACUCGGACGACAGCGCGGCCACCCCGCAGGACGAGACGGUGGAAGAGAGAGGCCGGAACGAGGGCCUGAGCAGCGGCACGCUCUCCAAAUCCUCGUCCUCGGGCAUGCAGAGCUGCGGAGAGGAAGAAGGGGAGGAGGGGGCCGACGCCGUGCCCCUGCCCCCGCCCAUGGCCAUCCAGCAGCACAGCCUGCUGCAGCCGGAUUCACAGGACGACAAGGCCUCUUCUCGGUUAUUAGUCCGCCCCACCAGCUCCGAAACGCCGAGCGCAGCCGAGCUUGUGAGUGCGAUCGAGGAACUCGUGAAAAGCAAGAUGGCGCUGGAGGAUCGUCCCAGCUCACUCCUCGUGGACCAGGGAGACAGUAGCAGCCCCUCCUUCAACCCUUCAGACAACUCCCUUCUGUCCUCCUCCUCGCCCAUUGAUGAGAUGGAAGAGAGGAAAUCCAGCUCUUUAAAGAGACGGCACUACGUUUUGCAAGAAUUAGUGGAGACAGAACGUGACUAUGUGCGGGACCUCGGCUGUGUGGUGGAGGGCUACAUGGCACUUAUGAAAGAAGAUGGCGUUCCCGAUGACAUGAAAGGCAAAGACAAGAUUGUGUUUGGCAACAUCCAUCAGAUUUACGACUGGCACAGAGACUUUUUUUUGGGAGAGUUGGAGAAGUGCCUUGAAGAUCCAGAAAAACUAGGAUCCCUUUUUGUUAAACAUGAGAGAAGGUUGCACAUGUACAUAGUUUAUUGUCAAAAUAAACCAAAGUCUGAGCACAUUGUCUCAGAAUACAUCGAUACCUUUUUUGAGGACUUAAAGCAGCGCCUCGGCCACAGGCUGCAGCUCACAGACUUGCUGAUCAAACCAGUGCAGAGAAUCAUGAAGUACCAGCUGCUGCUGAAGGACUUCCUCAAGUAUUCCAAAAAAGCCAGCCUGGAUACGUCGGAACUAGAGAGAGCCGUGGAGGUCAUGUGCAUCGUCCCCAAGCGCUGCAACGACAUGAUGAACGUCGGGCGGCUGCAAGGAUUUGACGGUAAAAUUGUUGCCCAGGGCAAGCUGCUCUUGCAGGACACGUUCUUGGUCACGGACCAAGACACGGGGCUUCUGCCUCGAUGCAAAGAGAGGCGGGUGUUCCUCUUUGAGCAGAUCGUCAUUUUCAGUGAGCCGCUCGAUAAAAAAAAGGGCUUCUCCGUGCCAGGAUUCCUGUUUAAGAACAGUAUCAAGGUGAGUUGCCUUUGCCUGGAGGAAAACGUGGAGAAUGAUCCCUGUAAAUUUGCUCUGACAUCAAGGACGGGGGACGUGGUGGAGACCUUCAUCUUGCAUUCAUCCAGUCCAAGUGUUCGGCAAGCGUGGAUCCAUGAAAUCAACCAGAUUUUAGAAAACCAGCGCAAUUUUUUAAAUGCCUUGACAUCACCCAUCGAGUAUCAGAGGAACCACAGCGGGGGCGGCGGCGGGGGCAGCGGCGGGGGCGGCGGCGGGGCCCCCAGCGGCGGCGGGGGCGGCGGCAGCGGCGCAGGCAGCAACCACAGUGGCGGUCCCGGCAGCUGCGGCGGCCUCCCCAGCGCGAGCAGAAGCAGGCCCUCCCGGAUCCCCCAGCCUGUCAGACACCACUCCCCCGUGCUGGUCUCCUCUGCAGCCUCGAACCAGGCAGAGGCAGACAAGAUGUCAGGUAUGUCCACUCCCGGCCCGUCACUGCCUCCUCCCAGCAGCAGCUCCGCCCCGGAGGCUGGCCAGCCCGCCAGGGCGCCCCCCAGCGGAGAGCCCGAAGGUCCCGAGCGAGAAGCGGAGCCGAUCCCCAAGAUGAAGGUGCUGGAGAGCCCCCGGAAGGCGGCCGGGAACGCCGCGGGCGCGCAUCAGGACGGACCCGCCAAGGAGGCGCGGAGCGGCCCGGGCUCCCUGCCGCCGGGCAAGCCCAGGCCCGGGGCCAUCUCGCCUCUGAACUCUCCUCUCUCCGCUGCGUUCCCCUCUCCGUUCGGCAAGGAGCCCUUGCCCCCCAGCAGCCCCCUGCAGAAGGGGGGCUCCUUCUGGAGCUCCAUCCCCGCCUCCCCCGCCAGCCGGCCCGGCUCCUUCACCUUCCCGGGGGACAGUGACUCCCUCCAGCGGCAGGCGCAGCGCCACGCGGCCCCCGGCAAGGACACGGACCGCAUGAGCACGUGCUCCUCGGCCAGCGAGCAGUCCGUGCAGUCCACCCAGAGCAAUGGGGUAAGAGCGCCCGGCCGCCUCCGCCCACCCGCCCCGCUGCCUCUGUCCCGCGGCUCUUCUGCUAAACCUCCCGCGUGGCCGCCGCUGUCCUCGUACUAACUCUGGGCUCCCGGCCACUGCGCUGCGGUCACCAGCUCCAUCCGCCCUGUGCCCUGGCCGCGCGGACACGCGGGGACGCCUUCUAACUUCCUGCUCCCGCCGGCGGACGGCGCGCUCUCAUCUCUACUAACUCGCUCCUUGCUUUGUUUGUGUCUCCUUAAUACGGGAAAGCAGAUCAUUAACCUUCCGAAUGCAGCAUCUCUAAGCCUCUCACGUUUUCCGAGCAGCAGCGUAUCUGGGAACUUCCUCUCUCGCCCCUGCCUUCCUCGCACACUUUUUUUAGGGGGGUCCGUGCCCCUGCUGUCUACCUCCUGCGUCAACUGAAACCUGUACACUCUAAGCUUUCUGCUCGUCGCUUGGUUGUGCCCUUUUAUGCCUUAAAUUAAUCUUUGCAGCGUUUUUGACUCAUCUGCUGAAAAAGGAAAAAAAAAAUCCCUCAAGAAAUUUCCAACAGCAACUCAAAGCAAACUAAGCUGAUACAGUGGGGGGAAGGAAUCUCUCCAGUGGAAAUAUUUCCCCCCGCCCCCCCCCCCAAAAAAAAAGAAAGAAAGAAAAAGUUUCACUGUGGAAGAGAGAGAGACUGCUUUAGGGCCCCUGGAUGUUGGGCUCCGGCCGGCGGCUGGGAGCGGAGGCGCAAGCCGGCUGGAUUCCCAGCGCCCGCGCUCUGUCCGGCAGGGGGCGCAGUGCGGGCUGCGGGCGCCGCGGGGCGUCGCGGGUCACUAUCCGCGUUCUUAGCAGAAGGGUUACUGGGGGGGGCUUGGCCCCCAUCCUCUGGCUUCCUCCCUGUCCUACCCGACUGCUUCCCACACGGCAGGUGGUCUGACCCGUAACACCUUCCUAAAGGCAUGCGUGAGGGAAUAGAACUGUUCUAUUGCGUGUAUGUUUGAUCGCUUUAUAAGUUUUUAAAUACAUUUCCCUAAAAGGGUCUGUGUCUCUCUUUAUAAAAAAAGAAAGGAAGCAAUCCGGCUUUUGCAUGUCUCUCUCUUUCCUCUGGAAUUCCGUUAAUGCCUUGUUUGGGUGGACAUGGCCUUAUUCGUUCCUCUUAUUUUUUGUUAUUUAUUUUGUUACCCUCGGUCUUUAAUUGAGGAAGACAUUGAAAAACGGGUCUUGGUACAUGUAUCCUGUAGUCUUAUUCUCAGAAAUAAGCGGUCAGGGCGGGCCUCCUCUGCGGUGGCCGCCACCAGCGUCCCGGUCGUGGUGCCUGACGGUGUCCUGCAGGGGAGCCUCGACCCCCACCUCUAGUUAGUUCUGAAAUGCUAGGUGUGCAGGUGAGCGUCAGCACGGUUGCAGCCAGAGGAAGAGACACAGAGGCCCAGUGAUGCUGUACCUGCCAGCACCUGGCUGAAGGUUCAGGGUGCAGGCGUGGCCUCGCAGCCGAGGCCCUCUCCGAAAUCGGCCACGGGAGCAGCUCUUCAGCCCAUCCUAACCUGGACGCUUUCCCCUAAGCGCCACCCGCCCCAGCGUGGGAGCCCGUGCUGGUCUCUGCGCCCCCCGUGAGCGUGCUCGGUUCCCGGCCCUGCCUGGCUCCCCCCGGGAUGCUUACUCUGAGGCCAGCACCGUCGCAUGCGGCACACGUUUUGGCAGGUUUUAGGUCGCAAAAGGUGCCUCUUUAUUUCUGCCUCUCACUGUUUCUUAUGUGGUUGGUAACCUGGAAAGGGAAACUGCCAGGGAGUCCGGGUGCCUUACAGAAACGCCCUGGAGGCCUGCGAAGACCACGAGAGGCUUAGAAUGGGCAUGAGAGUGUCCUCUAGGACUCCUAAGCUUUUCGGUCAAGAAGAGCUACCGCCCUACCUGCUCCCCCCGAUUCAGACUGUCUCAUCCCCCUGGCGGUCAGCAGUGGCCUCCUCCCUCCUUGUCUGCUUCCGUGAAGCUGUCUGCGGUCACAGCCCAGCAGCUGUACCUAACCCACGGCCCAGGUCCUUCUUCCUCCUUUAACGCACACCUUCUGGAAAGUUCUGCUGAGAGCAGGAGUGGAGUGGAUGUGGAUCAGCCCAGGCAGUGACUGCGCCAGGCCCGAAACGUGGACACACCACCUCCCUGCAUCCGCCCACCCAGGCAGCAAUAGAAGUACAGCCCUGCCUUUCUCUCAGAGGCCGGGUGACCCGUGCGAAUCCCUAACCUCCACUGUGUGAGGGGUGGUGAUCGUGCCCACUGACAUUAAUUGAGAUCCAUUUUUAAAUGCCUCAUACUUAGAUUGGUACAUAGGAGGUUUUCAGAAAGUACUAAUAGCUGUUAUUAUCGUGGCAAAAUACUUGCAUUACGAGACAAAGGGUGGUACGCUAUACGAUGAAAAAGAGCCGUGCCACAGAGGUUGGUUUUGUUUACAUUUUCUAGCCAAUGUGGCUUUGUAGUCUCAACACUGUUGGGUGUUGCUAUAUAAGUCACGCUAAAAGGAUAAAAUUGCGUGAAGGGGUGUGCACAGGCCAAAGCCCGACGUGGACAUCCACGAGGGACGGGAACACGUACCAGACUCCUCAGCUGCGACAGGACCGAGAACCUGGCACUCCGGUGUAUUUAACUUCACCACCCACUGUGGGCCUAGAGUCCUGGCCCCUGGAAUUCCCAGCACACAGGCUCCGUGACAGUGGUCAGCCGUCUACUCCGGUGUGUCUCAGUAGCCCAGAGCCAUCAGGCGUAUGGCAAGGUUGCCCACAGUCACGCCUACACCGACCCAGGACCUGCCCCAGACAUCCGAGAGACCAGCGGAGGGAAGCAGCGGAGUCCUGGGAAGCCGUGAACGGCCAGACAGCAUCAUUGGUGGGAGCCCCUGAGAACAAGCUAGAGGGGCGCCUGACGCCACUUCCACAUCCCAGCUGUUGACAGAGGGGAUUGAACAAGAUGCAGCUCCGGCUUUGGAGGUCUCAGCUUCCUCUUCAUCCCCUGGAACAAAGGGGUCACUUGGUAAACGACAGCUUGGGACAAACACCAUUUGUGUUUCUUCUACUCAGCAGCUAACGCCACUCAGCUUGUGAACCUGAGUAGAUGGUCUUGAGAAACGAUCUGUGUUUAACUUUUGCAGUCUUGCUCCAUUGAGUGAGAUACUGGACAUGUAUUGAGUGCCUGCCACGCGUCAGUCACUGUGAUGGACACUAAAGACACAGUAGUGACCUGAAGACAUCGGGUGCCACUGGGACUCCAAGAUAAGGGGAGGAUAGGCUUUCCCACGCCAGGGGUGUCCGUGAAACUUGAGUUGUGAGGCCAGUGCUGUCCACAGCUGCUCUGCGAUGCUCUGCCGUCCCCACGACGGCCACACCUUCAGGACAGUUGAAUCGUCACUCUCACAGGAGGACCACCCACCCAGGGAUACAUACAGGAGGCAGAGCAACUCUCCAUGAGAGCAGGACAGUAGUUGGUCUGCUUUUCAGGUGUCCCGCGUUCCUCCUUUAGAAGGGAAAAAAGGUGGAAAUGAUGAGCGAUGCCAGCAGCGUGACGGUCACAGUGACAGGACUGUGACAUAGAUGGAACCCAGCGUGGCAUCAGCAUGAGGAUGAGCCAUUCCUCUGAUGGUGCGAGGAAGAUGGGACUGAAAUAAUCAAGCUUCCAAAGUAGAGUGUCGUCACCACUGUGUCGUUCCUAAAUUGCUCUCUAGAGAAAGCCCGACGGUCAGUUACUGAAACAGAGGCACCAAGUUAGCUAGAGUGUGGCGGCGGCCGCCCAGUGGGCCCUGCUCUGGGCGUCGUGCCGUGGCGCACGCUGACGAGCGACUUCGUGCCGUCAGAUCCCGUUUCAGUUCCCCUCUGCCUUUU